AUGGCAUUGCUUGUCGACAAGCACCGUCCUCGGACCCUCGAGGCCCUGACAUACCACCCCGACCUAUCCGCGCGCCUGAAAUCCCUCGCCCAAAGCGGCGAUUUCCCCCACCUCCUCGUCUACGGCCCCUCGGGUGCGGGCAAAAAAACCCGCAUCGUCGCGACCCUCAAAGAGCUGUACGGGCCCGGCGUCGAAAAGAUAAAAAUCGACGCGCGCGUCUUCCAAACCACGUCGAACCGCAAGCUCGAAUUCAACAUUGUUUCCUCGGUCUACCACCUCGAGAUCACGCCCUCAGACGUCGGAAAUUACGACCGCGUGGUGGUUCAAGAUCUGUUGAAGGAGGUGGCGCAGACGCAGCAGGUGGACCUGGGCGCGAAGCAGCGGUUCAAGGUGGUGGUGAUCAACGAGGCGGACCAUUUGACGAGGGAUGCGCAGGCCGCGUUGCGGCGGACGAUGGAAAAGUACAGUCCUAAUUUGAGACUGAUUCUGUUGGCGAAUAGUACGAGUAAUAUUAUUGCGCCGAUUCGGAGUCGGACGCUGUUGGUGCGGGUGGCGGCGCCGAGUGAGGGGGAGAUUUGCGAGGUGUUGAAGACGGUGGGGAGGAAGGAGGGGUAUAAAGAGGUGGAGAGUUUGAAUGGGAGGAUUGCGAAGGAGAGUGGGAGGAAUUUGAGAAGGGCUUUGUUGAUGUUUGAGGCGGUGCAUGCGCAAAACGAAGCUAUUACAGACAAGACGCCUAUACCUCCACCAGACUGGGAGGCCCUGAUCGCGCAGAUUGCAGACGAUAUCAUACAGGAGAGGAGUCCGGCGAGGUUGCUGCAAGUGAGGGCGAAGCUAUACGAUCUUUUGACACAUUGUAUACCACCUGCUACCAUCUUGAAGACGUUGACGUGGAAACUUCUUCCAAAAACCGAUGACGACUUAAAACCAGACGUCAUCAAAUGGGCAGCAUUUUACGAGCACAGAAUUCGUAUGGGCAGCAAAGUGAUAUUCCACCUCGAAGCCUUCGUCGCGAAGUAUAUGCGGCUGUACGAAAGCCAUCUCAUGGGCGUCGACUUCGACUGA